GCCCCGAAGCGCCGCCGCCGGCUCCUGCUCCUCAUCCGCGCAGCACGCUCACCCUCCACCCCCGCCCGCGCCGCGCUCUCCCCGCGCUGAGGCUCGGCCUCAGCGACCGCGCUGGGCGCCGCAGCACCGUCGUCGUCGGCGCAAGUUCCCUGUCCGUGUCAAGAUGUCGUCGGACUCUGGCUCCUUCGAGUUCAAUCUCGACUACUCGGGAACCAAGAACCUCGUCAUCGGCGAGUAUGUCUGCUCCAAGAACUUCUCCGCCGGAGGGCACCGCUGGAGGAUCAUCUGCUACCCGCGCGGGUACAGCAAAGAGGAUAAUGGCGAGUACCUAGGCAUUUAUCUUCAGCUCAUGAGCGAAUCCAAAAACGUCAGAGCUAUCUUCGACGCCUCCAUGAAGGGAAGAGACGGCGAGCCAUCUUCGUCCCACGAGAGCUGCGUGAAGGUUUUCCCACCCGAGGGUUACGACUCGUGGGGACACCCCCAGUUCGUGAAGCGAAGCGAUCUCGAGUCUCGCUACGUCACCGACGGCCGGGCGACGAUCGUGUGCGUGGUCACCGUCGACCCCGUGGACGUCCCGCCAUCCGACAUCGGGCGCCACCUCGGCCGCCUGCUGGAUUCCGCGGACGGCUCCGACGUGUCGUUCCUCGUCGGCGGCGAGGAGUUCCCUGCCCAUCGGGUGGUGCUCGCCGCCCGCUCGCCGGUCUUUAAGGCGCUGCUCCUCGGAUCCAUGGCGGAUGCCAGGAUGGCAUCCAUCACCUUGCACGACAUCGCGCCCGCGACGUUCAAGGUCAUGCUUCGGUUCAUCUACACUGACGAUCUGCAUGACCAUGAAGACAAAUAUGAUAACGAGCUUGGAGGCCCUACGGCAGAGAUGGUUCAGGAUCUACUCGCGGCAGCCGACCGCUACGCGCUGGACCGCUUGAAGCUACUGUGUGCCAGGAAGCUAUGGGACAAUGUGUCCGUUGACAGGAUUGGUGUUACUCUGGCCUGUGCCGAGAUGUACAACUGCCCGGAGCUGAAGAAGAAGUGCAUCGACUUUUUUGCGAACGAGAAGAACUUCAAGAAAGUCGUGCUGACAGAUGGUUUUGUUCAGCUGGUGUACGAGUUCCCGUCGGUUCUUGCUGAGCUCAGGGAGAAGGUCGGGGCGUAG